AUGUCUUUCACUCCCCUCCGCCCAGGUGCCUACGCACCAACCCCAACCUUCUUCCACCCCGACACCGAAGACCUUGACACCCUAACCAUCCGCCAACAUGCCGUCCGCCUCGCCAAAGCCGGCCUCGUCGGCCUAGUAGCCAUGGGCUCAAACGGCGAAGCCGUGCACCUAACCCGCGAUGAGCGCAAAACCGUCAUUCACGAAACCCGCUCCGCACUCAUCGAAGCAGGUUUCCAAAAUGUCCCCGUUAUCGCCGGUGCCAGUGAGCAGAGCGUCCGGGGUACCAUUGGACUGUGCAAAGAGUCCGCAGAAUCAGGCGCUGAGUAUGUCCUGAUCAUCCCGCCUAGUUACUACAAGGCUGCGACUGGGAAUGACCAGUCUCUGUAUGAGUUUUUCACGGCUGUUGCGGAUGCUUCGCCGGUGCCGGUCAUUUUGUAUAAUUACCCCGGUGCCGUUGCGGGGAUUGAUAUGGAUUCGGAUCUUAUUAUCCGGAUUUCGCAGCAUCCUAAUGUCGUUGGGACGAAGUUUACCUGUGCGAAUACGGGUAAAUUAACCCGUGUCUCUCAUGCUCUUGAUGCGAUCACGGAAUCUUCCCCGCUUGUCGCAGACAGACAGCGCCGUUCUACCAAGACAGCCGAGAACCACCGCUACGUCACCUUCGGCGGCAUGGCGGAUUUCACCCUCCAGACGUUGGUUUCUGGUGGUUCUGCUACUCUGGCCGGUGGUGCUAAUGUGAUUCCUCGUCUCUGUGUGCAUGUGUUCAACCUCUGGAGUCAGGGUCGGUUGUCUGAGGCUGUCGAAGCGCAGGGGUUGUUGAGUCAGGCGGAGUGGGUGUUGACGAAGACUGCUAUUCCCGGGACUAAGAGUGCGUUGCAGAGCUAUUAUGGGUACGGGGGGUUUGCGCGGAGACCGUUAGGACGGUUGAGUGACGAGCAGGUUAAGGCUGUGGAGGAUGGGAUUAGGGAGGCUAUGGAGGUGGAAAGGAGCUUGCCUGAUGUUGCAUAG